AUGUUAAGGAGCUUGAUCUCUACUUUGAUGCUGUGCAUUUUACCUAUUGAAGUAUUAGGAAGAUUCGAGAAGUUAGAUCGUACUUACCUUACCUCUGCUGGUUCAACAGGAGAUGACGAUCAAGAAAACUACAAACCAGAAAGCAUUGCACAAGCUUAUCAAGAAGAGUCUACUGGACAGACGACCUCGGUCAACUCUACCUUACUAUGGCCUGCUACUAAGUCUAUUCAACCCACUGUCACUUCCCAAGGAAUGAAUGUUACAUCGGUGAUUCCCAUUUACGAGACAUGCAACUUGCCAGGAGCAAGUACUACAUCAUGUUCACCAUCUUUUCAAACUCUCAUCACUACCAAAUGUUCAACAGUCUUGACAGGAUACUUCACAAGACAUACCGUCUCAGAUUGUGAUGAGAUUAUCACUUUUUCUACACAGUAUGGCUAUUCUUUAGCUACCACCACUGCCUCCGCGAGCGGAUUCUCGCGUCUCCACAGACAGAUUAAAAGCAUGUCAGCUUCGAAGAACAAUGUUCAUAAUAUUACAACGUAUUACGCUGCUCCAUGGCAAUCAAUUGCAGCGGAUAAUCCUUCAGACAUACAUGUUACCAUUUGUGGGCUCUCUUCUGACGGGGUCCUUGUGUGUACGACUGUCACUGAAGUUUGGGUCAUUCAUACGGAGUAUUUGCCGGUCCAUAAUACCGAGGUCAUUUCAGUGUCGACUGUAGUAUCUUCAACCGGUGUGCUGGCAUUUGCUCCAGACAUGUAUAUCACAAUCACGCCCGGAACUCUUAUCCUCUCAACGCAGAGAGUAUCUACAAUUUUAUCAGCAAAAAAUAUCACCUCAACGUCUACUAUCGGAAAAGAACACGCACCACAACCAUCACUAGUACAAGAAGGAUAA